UCAUUUGUCAAUGUCACAUUUGCGAUUUCAGGGUUUCAGUUUGCGUUAGCGAGAAUACACUCGAAAAUAAAUUUAUUUUAUUGAUAAACAUUCAUUUGUCGUCUUUGGAGUCUAAAAAGGCAAAUAUAGUUGACAGAUUAAUAGUGAACAAACCGCUGAUCAAGUGUACCUGUAGUGUCAGAGUCAUAUUUCAUAAUACUAGAUAAUACCGCUUGCUGACAAUGUGGAGUGUGGCGCAACUGUGCCGGUGCUCGGCUCUGCGGGCGCCUUCGCUUGUGGUGACCGGGGGACGGAAUGGAUUCACACAGAUAGGUGUUAGGCAGCUGGCACCUGUUCGAACUACAUCUAACUUGGGAUGCAGCAAGAAUAGAGUAUUUAGAAUAUGCGAGCUGCUAAAGUCAAACAACAUUGUAGCCCGCCUCUGUUCCUCACAACCGAAGCCCAAACAGAGCAAGGCGGUCGGCUAUUGGCUGCUUGGCUGUUCGGGGAUGGUGUUCACCGCGGUCGUGCUAGGUGGCGUGACGCGUCUCACGGAAUCCGGUUUGUCGAUGGUAACGUGGAAACUGCUGGGGGAAAAACUACCCACCACCGAGGCGGAGUGGGAGGCCGAGUUCAACAAAUACCAGCAGUUUCCGGAGUACAAGUAUAAAAACCAACACAUAACCCUGUCAGAAUUCAAAUGGAUCUGGUGGAUGGAGUUCGCCCACCGCUCGUGGGGCCGCUGUAUAGGGGCGGCCGUGUUUCUGCCGGCAGCCUUCUUCUGGAUGAAGGGGUACCUAGACAAGGGGAUGAAGGUUAGGGUGGGGGUAUACUGUGCUCUAGUCGCUGCUCAGGGUCUAAUGGGCUGGUACAUGGUCCGCUCCGGUCUCGAAGACCGUUUCCAAGGUCCGUCAGACGUCCCCCGCGUGUCGCAGUACCGGCUGGCGGCGCACCUGGGGCUGGCGUUUAUUCUGUACGCCGGCCUGCUCGGGGGGGCACUUAGGGUUCUACGGCCGUUCCCACCAGGCACCUUACAGAAGAUUAAAGAGCUUAAAAGUGUGACGGCGCUAGCACAUUCCGUGAAGGCGAUGGCAUUCUUCACUGCAUUAUCAGGCGCAUUCGUAGCGGGCCUAGACGCAGGCUUGGUGUACAACUCGUUCCCCAAAAUGGGUGACAACUGGAUCCCGGACGACAUACUGGCCUUCGCCCCCACUGCGAGAAACUUUACCGAAAAUCCCACCACUGUGCAGUUCGAUCAUCGUAUAUUAGGUACGACAACGCUAGCGCUGGCGACGGCGUUGUUCCUCAAGUCCCGGCGCGCGCCGCUGCCGCCGGCCGCGCGGCGGGUGGCGUGCGCGGUGGGCGCGAUGGCGUGGCUGCAGGUGGGCCUGGGCAUCACGACGCUGCUGACGUACGUGCCCACGCCGCUGGCCGCGAGCCACCAGUCCGGCUCGCUGCUGCUGCUCACGUUGGCCAUCUGGCUCACUCAUGAACUCAAACUACUCAAAUACAUACCUAAGUGAAGAUAGUCCAAGGGAUAACUGGUAGCAAGGAGAAUUGGAAAUAGAGGUGGAUUGUCAAAGAAAAUUUUGUGGCCACAGUAAAUUCUAAUGCCAUCUUGCGACACAUGAUUAAAACUUUGAUCUUUAUUCUUUUACUUGUUAUUUGUUAAAUAUCAAUAAUAAGUUUCUGGCAAAAAAAUCAUUUUUGUUACAAUCUUUAAUCGCUGACUGUACUUUUUUUAGACAGGCGACUAAUACUCAUUCUAAAAACCCCAAACACAAUUAAGUUGCGUUGUUUUAUCACAGAGUUCCUAUGGCCACCUGUCUCCAUCAUCAGAUCAGCUCGAUGGUACCAUAACAUUGCAUUGUCACCCAACUUACAUAUGCAUGCAAAAUUCCAGCUCAAUCGGAAACCGGGAAGUGGAUCAAAUUUAACUUGCAAGAUUUGAUUACAGACAGACAGACAGACAACGGGACAGGUGAAACUAAAUAAAGCUUGUAAAAAGUGGCGCCAUCUCAAAAAAAGGUCAAAGCCAGGCCAAAGGUAUGUCAGCAUCGUUUCGAGCGAUGGCGCCACUACCUUUGGGUUAUCCCCGGUAAGAUGGCGCCACUUUUUGAUAUCUAACUUUAACACAUAUCUCAUUAAUGGAAGAAUACGAAUCAAAGUCAAAUGGCGUUCAAAAAGUUUUAAUCAUGUGCCGAUAGACGGCAGUAAAUUUACGUGGCUACGAAGUUUUCCUUGACAAUUUAUUAUUUUAUUUAUCGUAUGGCAAUUACUACUACACUGUAUAUUGAAUAACGAUUAGUUUUUUUUUUUUUUUUUUAAUAUUAUAGGACAUUAUUACACAAAUUGAUUAAGUCCCACAGUAAGCUCAAUAAGGCUUGUGUUGAGGGUACUUAGACAACGAUAUAUAUAAGAUAUAAAUAUUUAUAAAUACUUAAAUAAAUAGAAAACACCCAUGACUCAGGAACAAAUAUCCAUGCUCAUCACACGAAUAAAUGCCCUUACCAGGAUUUGAACCCGGGACCAUCAGCUUCGUAGGCAGGGUCACUACCCACUAGGCCAAACCGGUCGUCGAAAGUUUAUAAUCUAAAUCUACAUUUCUCCAAGUAGGUAAUGGCUGCACUCGUUAUGUUUUUAAAAUCUCCCACUGGGCCAUCGUAUUUUGUCAGUGGGCACUCCAAAACGAUAUGGCGGACAGUUUGCUUUGGGCAUCCGCACUCGCAGCUUUCCUGGUCAUUCCAUCCCCAUUUUUUCCGGAGGUAUGCACAGUGGCCGAUUCCUGUUCUCAGACGGUUGAGCAUGCACCAGGCACGACGUGUUUCAUUGGACCCCGGCACGUAGCUCCGCGGGUUAAACUCGAAGAGAUCAGAUGGGACAUCUUCCUGCGACCAUUCUUCGGACCAGGCUUCGUUCAGGUUCCACUGAGAGCGUUGGUGGAUAAGGAGAGCCGGUGGGUUUCUUGACUUUAACCGUGUGCACCUGAACGUAGCCAAGUCUCUGUUCAACGGCAGUUCCGGUCGUUCAUUGACAAUACACUUCUAUUUCAAAUUCUCUUUGCCGGUUGGUACAACAGUCAAAAUGUUAAGUUAUUUUGGUUGGUAGAUUUAAAAAAAGUAUCAAACGACAAAAAUAGGUCAAAAACUUUUCGUUGUCUUGUUUUUUUAUUUUUCUAAAGUAAAAUAUAAUCUACAGCAAUAGCACUCGACCUAUUUACUUAUUUGAUAGAACGACCUAUUUACGGAUUCGACGACCGGCCUGGCCUAGUGGGUAGUGACCCUGCCUACGAAGCCGAUGGUCCCGGGUUCAAAUCCUGGUAAGGGCAUUUAUUCGUGUGAUGAGCAUGGAUAUUUGUUCCUGAGUCAUGGGUGUUUUCUAUGUAUUUAAGUAUUUAUAAAUAUUUAUAUAUUAUAUAUAUCGUUGUCUAAGUACCCUCAACACAAGCCUUAUUGAGCUUACUGUGGGACUUAGUCAAUUUGUGUAAUAAUGUCCUAUAAUAUUUAUUUAUAGAAGCCACCAAUAUAAACAUGACAGAGUGGUCAGAAACAAGACAAUGAAUGAGCUCCGAUCACACACAUCCGAUGUGCUCUGGCCUAAUGGUAGAAUUUACAUUCCUUGUCGAUAUAAAAUAUUUGUUUAACAAGGGGACAAUGUUGUUUAACCCCUCGUGCUAAUAUUGAUACCCGAGCAAGCGAACGAUUCCAAAAAGAUAUAUCUGAUGGCGACUGUGCAGACAGAGUCCUGAUGUGUUUUUUUUGUGCUCAUACAUCAUUUAUUUUUAUUUAACCUUUAUUGCACAAAACCUUACAAAAAAAGGCGGACUUAAUGCCAUAAGGCAUUUUCUACCAAUCAACCUAUACAUUCAUUAUAACAAUUUCUUUUAUUUUGUUAACUUGUGUGUAUGACAAGAUCAUAAAUGAAGUAAAAUACACCCAAGGCCAAAAGUAUGGAAACAAGCUUAUAUUAAAAAAAAUCGGACCACUAGUUUUUGAGAAAGAUGGCAACAUUGGUUUGCACAAACAUCCUCUCACCCCAAACGCAUAUACCGUCUCCGUUCCGUCGUGGGUAAUAAAAAAGUGUGAUUUUUUAAGCGAUAUAUACUAGUCAUUAGAAACAAAAUGGUAAAUAUAAUAGAACAUUUUAAAAGUAAAUUACUCAAGUUGUGGCUAUGAUAUUUGCCAGUUCAACAUUUUUCAAAACAAUUAAAAGGGUAUAAUUAUUUCGGAAGGUGGAGAUAAGUAACGAAAUCUCCAUGUACCAAAAAUUGUCAUCAAAAAACUUUAAAUAGGUGGCGCUACAAUACUUAGAGUACUUGAACAAAAAAAUCAAAUCAUAGACAGCGCGCUUUACUCCGUCAAUAGCGCCUAGGUUCUUAGCUACUCUAGCGCUACUCUGGAGAGAUUUGGAACUAUUAUUUAUAGCCGACAGCUGGACACUUGCAACAGUUCUACCAUAAGAGAUGCCACUCCUCUUAAUUCCACACUCCAUAAUAAUUAUGUUACUUUUUCCUAAAAAUUUUUCAUGUUUUUGACAAUACUUUAGGAUGUUUUGAUAUUUAGCGCUUGCUUAAUGUAAAUUUUACGAUACAAUUAUAAAACAAAGACAUUAAAGAAAACAACCUUGUUUCCAUACUUUUGGCCUUCGGUGUAUACUCAUACUACAGUAUAAUUUAAGUUUUUAAGGCCAUAAUUGAUUAUCAGUAUUUAAGACGCAUUUAUUUUGCACUUCACAGCAUCACCCUUAUUUCUUAUACCAUAAGGUUGUUAUUCUAAGAAUAAAAGACGAACUAUUAUUCACAA